AUGCAGAAUAACCCUGAAGCAAAGGCUCAGUGGGGUCUAUGGAGCAAUCAGGCAGACUUCCUGGCCCACUACCAGUUCAUCGUCGACAUCUCCAGUGGCAGAUUGGUCGAUGCAGCUUCCCUCGCCGCCAUCCCCAUCACCGCUGCCCCUGACAACCUUGCCCUUCAGUUGCUUGAUGCCACAGAUGACUACGCACACCUCUGCUACUCCUACCCCGACGACGCACCCAGAAGACAUCCCCAAAACUGCCGUCACCACGCCCUUUGGUACUUUCACUUUCAAUUACAGCUGUUUGUUCUCAGAAACGCCGGAGCCACCUUUCAGCGGAUGAUGGAUGGCAUCUUGGGAACAUCUGUGACACAUCUCUACAGUUUUAGACCGCUUGCAGCAGAGGGGCUUGGUAGUGCAAUAGGACAAGUGUGUUUUCGGUGUCAGAGAAGUGGACUUCCUGGGGCACCACCUCUUUCCCCCCUCCUAGACAAGGUCGUGGCAGUCAAGCAAUUUCCCACACCAUCCUCAGUGAAGACACUCCAAGAGUUCAUGGGAAUGGUGAACUAUCACCGCUUCCUACACAUCAUGGAACCCUUGUACACUGCACUUGCAGGGAAACCUAAGGACCUGACAUGGGCCCCCCCCUCAAACGCCAGCAACAUAGCUAUCAGAGCUGUUCUCGAGCAGGUGGUCGGAGGACUGCCCCGCCCUUUGGGUUUCUUCAUCCGCAAGCUACUGAAGGCCGAAAAGAACUACUCAACCUUCAAUAGAGAGUUCCUCGCCAUGGAUCACAUGCCCCUAGUCCACGCCUUCACGAGACAAGGCAACACAUGGUCCCUCCACCAGCGCCGUCAUCUCUCUGCCAUUGUCGAGUUCAACUGCUCCAUUCCACACCUGCUGGGCAGUAAGAAUCCUGUAGCUGACGCCCUUUCCAGAGUUUCCAUCGAUGCAGUUCAUUUAGGGCUCGACUACAACCAACUCUCUAAAGAGCAGCAACAUGACCCAGAGACGUCCAUUACUUCCCUCAAGUGGAAGGACGUCCCUGUGGACGAAGCAGGCACCACAAUCCUCUGCGACAUCAGCACCGGUCGACCGCGCCCAUGGAUUCCAGCCUUCCUGCAUUGUCACAUUUUCAGCCUCAUCCACAGCCUGACCUAUCCCUCUCGACGAGCGACAUCGCAGAGGCGUUUUGCACACAUCCAUGUCGACGUAGUAGGUGCCCUACCACCAUCAGGACAUCGUUACCUCUUCACCGUAGUGGACCGUUCAACUAGAUGGCCUGAAGCUAUUCCUAAGUCCAACGCCAGUUCCGUCUCCUGCGCCGCCGCUCUGCUCUCCAGGUGGAUUUCGAGAUUCGGCAUCCCUGCCCACAUAAUGUCUGACCGGGGCACCUCUUUCACUUUGCAGCUCUGGACAUCCCUGGGGCAGCUAUUAGGCACCUCCAUCCAUCACACCACGGCCUACAACCCGGAAGCUAAAGGCAUGGUAGAGCGUUUCCACAGAACCCUGAAAGCUGCCCUGAUGUCUCGAUGUAGCAACUCAAUGUGGUUUUCACAACUUCUCUGGGUCCUUCUCGGCCUUCGAACGAUUCCAAUGGAAGGGCUGGACGUCUUCCCCGCAGAGAUGGUUUUCGGCGGCCCCCUUGUAGUUCCCGGUGUAUUCUUCCCCAAUGCUCCAUCCAGCGACGACAUCGCCAGACUACGACGCAUCGUCGGGAAGUUCGCCCUCUGCACACAGACCAACAGGCCACCUGAACACCGUUACGUCCCCAAAGAUCUACGCACGACGAAGUAUGUUUUCCUCCACACCGACGCCCACACGCCUCCCCUCACCCCUCCCUACUCUGGCCCAUAUGAAGUCAUUGAGAAGAUGGAGAAGGCAUUCCUGCUGCAGAUCAAAGGCGCCAACGAUUGGAUCUCGAUAGAUCUCUUAAAACCAGCGUAUCUUCAGGACGACGACCCCCCUCCAGUACGAUUCUCCAGGGCGGGCCGCCCCCUCUCACAUACCAUGGGGUAUCUUCGCUGA